GUAUUUCCGUCGCGCGCUGCAAUAAAUCGGAUCGCGCUUGCAGACCGACUAGUCCGUGUUGGAGGGAGUAAAACUUACGGGUAAAGGUACCGCACGACCGGCACCAUUAUGGCCGGACGCAAUUUAUGCUUAUUAUAUAAUAUGUAACGUGCGCCGAACGGGACGACGUUCGGGUGAUGGUCAGACGGCAGCAGUGCAGCGACCGCAACAGCAGCACACCCGUCACGGCGAGCGCAUCGCACCGAUCGUGGAGAAUCGACCACGUCCCUGGCUAACUUUUAGUACCUACACCAUCAUUAACCGUACGUUCGGUCGACCACAGCAAUGGAUCAAGACCAUGUUCCGGAAAUCAAAACUGUAGCGUACACCCGGUCGGCUGCAUCGAUGGAUCGCGGCGAUGAGGUGUCCGCUGAGAGGACCACGCGCGUUGUCACUGCCGGGUUAAGAGGAUGGUCGCGCGCCAAAGCCCAGCGUCAGCAUCUGUUCCGAGUGUCCCGGUUGUUCAUCUCGUGCUACUACGUGUACGUGUCCUACUAUGGAUUGUUCAUAUUGGACUUGAACGACAUCGAAUUUCCCACGUUGGGUGAUCACGGUUCCAAUUGGCGGUGGAAAUGCGUGUCCGUGUGGAAUCUGAUCUUGCAAAUUUCUUACUUCAUUUAUUGCACAGUUUUCGUAGAUUUUGCAAACUCAGGUCCUGGAAAGUUAUGGAUCAAACCACACUUACGACAGAAUAAAAAAAUAAGAGAUUUUGUAUUUAUCAGUCUCGUUUUUCCGGUUUCAAUAGUAGUAUGUGUAAUGUUCUGGAUAAUUUGCGCAAUAAACAAACCGUUGUUAUUUCCGAAUGAAAUGAGCAAAUGGAUACCGGAUUGGUACAACCACGCCGUGCACACAAAUCCAAUCGCUCUAACACUAUUUGAUAUGGCUACCACCAAACAUCAGCUGCCUAAAAAGAUAGACUCCACGGCAGGGCUUUUCUUACUGUCCGGCUCCUACGUCAUAUGUUUACUUUAUAAUAAAUUCAUGACUGGAAGAUGGGUGUAUCUAAUCAUUGGUGAAAUCGUAUCAAGUUUAAUGGAAGUCAUUAUGUACUUUGCAGUAACGGCUUUUGUCAUUCCUUUUAUAUGUAUGAUGAUUGGAUAUAAAUUGUGCUCAUGGUUUUCAAAUCAACGAAUUAAAGAAGAACAAAAAAUGAUAUAGGAAUGAUACAAGUGGUAUCCACCAUCAAGGUGAAUGUUAUACAUACAAGUAUAUCUGUUAAUGAUUUUUUGAGGGUACGUAUACAUAUAAUCAAUAACUUUUAUAAAAAUAAAUAUUUUUGGUUUUGUUUACUGUAAAAACAUAAUUAGGUAUUGGUUGUAACUCAUUAAAUGUACUGAAUUUACUAUUUGUGUAGUGAAUAUAUAUUAUAAUAUAUAAUAAGUGCAUAUAAUAAAAGUGUAU